AUGUAUUUUAGCCAUCGUCCCCCUUUUAAAGUUUAUCAAGAUCGUUAGUUGCAACGUAAUGUCCAUAUUUUGUGAUCUACAUAUUGUCUUGCGCGUGCUGCUUUAGCCUCUUCCAUGCAUGGCCGACUGGGACUCAGUUUUAAUUGUUUUCUUCAACAGCGGUACAGCGAUUCUUGGCAGUUGUGCCAACCUUCUGAUCAUAAUUUCAUUCUUUGUGUUUAACUCGUCAAGACAACCCACAGAGAUCCUUCUUAUCAAUCUGUCUCUGGCUGAUUUCCUGGUCUGUGCAGGCUACCAACCUCUUUUGGUGCUCAAGUUCAAAAAUUAUGGCGUAAGUCAAGUGUACAUGUCAUUCAUCGGCCAUAGCGUAAUAACUGCCUCCAUGAGUGGUUUAUUGGCUGUGAAUUUCGAUCGCUUCUCGGCCAUAUAUUUUCCUUACAAAUAUAUAACCUGGGUGACUGAAAAAAACACUAUUUCGCUGGUGACAAUUUCAUGGAUGAUAUCUCUCUCCGCUGGCUUGCUAAUUGUAAGCAACUUUUCAAUCGCCGUACAUAUCUUCCACUUGUACAUCAGCCUCAUAAUCGUGCUGGUUCCCCUCAUGUAUAGUGUCAUAUACAGGGAAGCAAGAAAGCAGGCGCGACGCAUCGUUAGCCAGACUGCAAAUCAAUUUCCAUAUCGAAACAUUAUGGUUGACAGGGCCACUAGAGGGGUUGGGCUGGUGCUGAUAACUACUCUGACGUGUUGGCUUCCGGGGAUUGUAUCUCCAGCGAUCGUUGCAUCUUUAAAAAACCAUGAAGAGAUACGGAAGGUCGUGUUUAGCUGUCUCACGGCCAUCUGUGCCAAUUCCUGCAUCAAUCCAUUCAUCUACGUUUACAAGUUUUCGAAAUUUCGCCGCAGUGUAAGGAAGUUGAUUCAAAGGAUUCUCGAGGGUGCUUCCAGAAGGUUACCUCCGACCCUCAUCGGCCAAAAUAGAUUCAUUCCGACCCUCAUUGGCCAAAAUAGAGUCAUUCCGACAUAACAAGCUUUGGAAGAGUCUGAACUCUCUGGCCCUAUUUCUCAGCAGGCGGUGGAAAGGGU